GCACAAAGCUGUGUUUGUUUAGAGGGUGAGGUGUCUCCAAGCAGCAAAGAAUCCAUCUGAAACAGUAUGACUGUUAUUACAGCUACAGUUUGGCAAUUGUAUUCAACUGCUUUUGAACCCAGAGGAAAUAAUACAAGCAGAGGCCCUGAACGCCAUGCAAUGAAUGUAAGGAUAUUCAAGCUCUAUAUUCAACAAAGAGUCUAAUUCAUGGCAUCAAGCAAAACAGAAGGAACAUGGACAGCUCUGCAGGAAAGUUUAACCCGCGUGAGGGAGCAAUAUGGGCUUUUACCACGUGCGGAGUGGGAUAAUCUGAUUGCUAUGACCUCCUACGAAAAUUCAGAAAGACUGAGAAAUAAAAAUAGGUUCAAGCCUUUCCUGCCAAGUAUUCAGUUUAAAGAAGGAAGCAAUUCAUAUUUUGAAAACCUGGUUCAUAAAAACCAGACCAGGAGAGAAAAAAAUAAAGAAGACAAAUCAGUUUUCCGUGAAAAUGUACCUGUAAUGAAAAGGGGACAGCAUGACAAAACAAAUCCCAAAUUGGAACAAGACGCAGUUAGAUUCUUCUUAACAAGUCAACACUUUGCCUGGAAUUUUAUUGAUUCAUUUACGACUGAAGUUUUGCUGGAAGGCAUUCUCCUCGAUGUGGUGAUCGAAGCCCUAACUCAGAAGUCUACAGUGGCUCAUCUGAAACCAUGGAAAUCUGCUAAAGAACUAACAAGACAAAAAAGUUCAAAAGAAACAUUUCCAGUGUCACUCAUGGAUGAAGUGCUGGUUGAAAUCUUGAGAGACCUGUCUGUUGAUGUAAUCAGAAGUGUAAUACAAGAGUUUGUGGAUGAUCACCUCUUGAAAGCUGCCCUUUAUAAUUUCAUGGAUGAAUUAAUUACAGAAGUGACCCACAAAGAAUUAUCAUCCGUGAGAAAGGAAGUUGUGGAAGACUUUGAAAUAGAAUUUUUCCUUGAAAGUAUUAUUCACCCAGUUAUUGAUGAAGAAGUAAAUGUCACAGUAACUGCUGUCCUUAGUGAAUAUAAUGAGCAGAUUUCUGAACUUCAGCAGAAUCAGAUUACGGUCAGUGCAAAUAAAUAUCUAACAGAUAUAUUUAUUUUGCAUCAUUUAAUUGGAAUGAUUGGAACCAAUAAACCAGUGCUUUUUGAAAAGGAUUCGUCUUCAAUUCUGAUGGACAGUUUCAUGCUGGAUGUUCUUUUAAGACAGCAUGUCAGAAUUCAUCAGGAACAGCAAGCAACCUUUCAGAAUUAUCCCAUGAGACACUUCCAUCAAAAAGCCUUUAGCAGAGUGGCACUGGAGGUGCUGUUGUCGGAGCUAUCUAUGGAGAUGGAUGAAGAUAUGGAAGAUAUUCUAGAAUAUGAGAAGUAUAUAGAACUGGGAACUAGUGAGAAUAUUUGAACAAGAUCACUCCAUUUAUGACAUUCUCCAACCGUUUACUUCCCAUUUGCAAUAUUUCUUGAAUAUCUGAGAUAAAACCUGCCAAAAUGUUGCUUUGGGGCAGAAGUUGGUGUUUAUGGGCUCCCAUCAUCAUGAGCCCAUAAUCAUGUGUCAUUUUAUUUUGCCAUGUGUUGGUUGUUAAUAAGAGCCUUAUAUCACAGUGCUUUCCAAAGAAGGCUGCAGCUCACUCCAAUUUGCUCCAUUUAGCACAAGUAUGGCGUUCAUCUUGGAGGUUCCCUGCUGAUGAAACAUGAAUGCACAACUGGAAAAAGUUAAGCAGAGAUUCAUCACAUGGUGUCAGCUUUCAACUGGAUAGUUUCGAUGAAUGGUUCAAGGAAAGCCAAAGUUUUGACCACAUACUUAUUCUAUUCAUAGACACAUUUUAUCUGCAAUGUAUAAGAACAAAUAAAGGAUUGGAAUAUAGCCACAGUUAUGUCUGCAUAGCAGUGCACAUUAUAUUCUGUAUGUGGGAAGGCACAGGAGCACAUCUAGUAAUGGCUUUUUGGUCCAAGCCACCAGUUGUAGUCCAAAAAAAAUAUUGCUGAUAAAGUUAUCCUGGGAUAGUUCCAACAAAUUAGAAAAAUAGAAAAUAAAUAAUGUAUAAAUAUCUGAUAUUUACUAGCUUUCCGGCACUCUCCUGGCCCCACAGUGUGGGAACUGAUAAAAUAGAAGAUUAUAAUGAAAAAUAGAUGAACUUUCAACUCCAUCUCAUACUGGGCUACUCCAACCAUUCCACAAACAAUUUAGGCUGAACCCUAAGGGCUGGAUAUUCAAGCUAAAUACAUGUUGGGACUGUAUAUAUAACUUACAUUAAUGGUCAGACCUUUUGUGCCCAUUUUAGCAUUAGAGGAAGAAGCCAGGCCACAUAAGUUUCUCCUUAUAGAGUUGCACAGAGACAAGCCUAUCACCUGCUAAUCCUGCUCUACCACUGACAAGAACCCUAGCUCUGCUGUAUAUUUGCACAAUGUCUGGAACACAGAUGGGAGGGGAGGUUUAGGGACAAAAUAACCACUGGAAAAACAAAGAAAAUUUAAAAAAAAACCAAGGGAGUCAAUGCACUACUUUUAUUGUGAUUAAAUGCAGUUUCAUAUAUUUUUAUAAAUAAAUAAGUAAAGGAUCUCCACUGUUUUAGUAAUGUGACUUACUAUAAAUAGUCACUAUUCAUAUGUACAAGUAUUGAACAUAUUGUCCAGAAUUCUCGGGGGCCUAGGGUUUUCCAGAUAAUGGAUCUUUCAAUAAUUUAGAUCUUCAUACCUUAAGUCUGCUAAAAAUCAUUUAUACAUUAAACCAAUCAGGCUUCACCUCCAAUAUUUAUUACCUGUAUCUUAGUUGGGAUGGCA